AUGGAAGACUACGAGAAAGAUCUAUUGGCUGACUUUGAAAGCUCGGAUGAAGAAUUGAAUGAAGAAUUACAAGUUGACGAAGAAGAAGGGGAGCAUGAUGAAAUACAGAAUACAAACAAGACGCCACUAUCAUUUCAACAGAAAUUAAAUGACAUAAUUCUGGCAAAUGCAAUUGCUGAUUCAUUCCAAACUAUACUAAGUACUCCAGAUAUUGAAAACGUCGAAGAUUGGACUAAAUUAUCUCGAAUUUAUUCUUUGAUUCCAGAGCUUCAACAAAAGAUUGAUCAAUUUUCUAAUGAACAAGAAAGUGAUUAUUUGGAAUUAUUAUCUUCAUUGGCAAAUGAAAAUGAUCUGUCGGAUGAGUAUAAAUUCAUUCUCAGUGUGAAUGAAUUGUCAACAAUUAUAACCAAUGAGAUUAAUGUCUUCUGUGCCUUAAUUAAAAUGCAAUACAAGGUGGUAUUUCCUGAGUUGGAAACUUUGAUCAUGAAUCCUAUUGAUUAUGUGAGAUUGAUUUUAACAUUUAGGCAAGAUUUGAAGAAUAUAAAAUCAUAUGAACAGGAUAUGAAGAAAAUAAUUACAAAUGAAAAAGUGCUAGUUGUUAUAAUGGCAGCAUUGCAACAAAUUGAAAGACAAUUCGUUCUAUCAGAUUCAGAUAUGACUAACAUUGUUUCAUGUGGAUUACUUGUAUUAGAACUAGAUGAUAUAUUACGAAAGCUAUCAGGCUUCAUUGCUACUAAGUUAUCCAAACUUGCACCCAAUGUGUCAGCAAUAGUAGGUCCAAUAACAACAUCACAAUUGUUAAUUGCAACUGGGUCCUUGAAGCAACUAGCUUUAACGCCGUCGUGUAAUGUAGCAUCCUUAGGUGUGAGAGACUUAUCUUCAACGACAAAAGUAGCUUCCAGAACCAUUGCACAAACUGGAUAUCUUUAUCAUUGUGAUAUUGUAAAGUACCUUCCUCCGGAUAUAGUAAGAUCAGUUAUGAGAAUAAUAAGUGGUAAAGUCAUUCUUGCUGCCCGAAUUGAUUUAUCCAAGUCAAGUCCAGAUGGUGAGAUUGGUGCAAAAUAUUUACAAGAAAUACAAGAAAAGGUUGAUAAAUUAUUGACACCACCUGACCAAGUACCUGACAAAGCAUUACCAGUCCCAAUAGAACAAAAAUCAAAAAAGAGAGGUGGGAGGAGAUUUAGAAAGAUGAAAGAGAGAUUCCAGAUGUCUGAGUUACGUAAAGCUCAGAAUAAAUUGGAGUUUGGUAAAGAAGAAGAUACAGUUAUGGAUAGCUUUGGUGAAGAAAUUGGAUUGGGUAUGAGUAGAAGUGCUGGUGUUGGUAUGGGAAGAAUCGGUCAGAUUAAAGUAAAUACCAAUACCAGUGCGCGAAUGUCUAAGUCUAUGAUACAUAGAUUGCAGAAACAACAGGAGGAUUCUAAACAAUUUAAUAAAGCAAUGCUUGAAGAUGAGUCUACUUUGGUCUUCUCCAAGCCCGCAUCGUCAAGCAACACCACAAACCCGCAGCAGCAAAAGAAUCCGAUUGCGAAGAGUCGUUGGCUCACUGGUAUCAACAAGCGAAAGCUUAAUGAAGACAGUGUGAACGGAAAUAGCACGAAGCAACCGCGCAUUCAACAAAAUUCUCAGCUAUAG